AUGAAGGCAAUGGGUUAUAUUUUAAGCAGAUCUAAAUGGGUCACGCACAUACUCGUAAGAUGCCACUUUAUCAUUCCAAUCUCCUUAUUCCUGAUAACAAAACGUUCAUAUGGCACCAAGUACAGUGGGCGUGUUAUUCGGGAAGAUGAAGAUGGGAGAUGUAUUGCAGUACAAGUGGAGGCCUCGCCCACUCUUAAAGACAUAAGAGGGUAUGCAUACCCAAGAAGAGAUAUAAUCUGCAGGCUCUGUCAUAUGCUCAAGAACCCUGAUUGGCUCUCUCAUAUAAACGAUUACCUUGACAAUGUAGGAAUUGUUUUGACAACAGUAGAACAUAGUCAUGUUUUGAGAGGAGAAAAGGAUUGUCUCAAGGCACUGGAGUUUUUCAAGUGGGCUGAAUCAAGACGUGGGUAUAAGCACGAUUGUUUUUCGUAUAAUAGAAUGAUCAGCAUAUUGGGCAAGGGCAAGCAACUGGAGCAAAUUAGGCUAUUAGUGGAUGAAAUGGAGAGGAAGAAUAUACAGGGUAAUAUCUCCACAAUUAAUAUAUUGAUUGGGGUUUUUGGAAGUAAGGAGCAUAUCAAAGAGGCUGCGAUAUGCUGCAGAUUGGCUCAGAAAUGGAAAUUGAAGUUCAAUGCAUAUACUUACAAGUCACUUUUGCAGGCAUAUUUGAGGUCGGAUGAUGUGGACAAAGCUGUGCAGACUUACAGGCAUAUGCGGAGAUCUGGGUACACGUUGGAUAUCUUUGCAUAUAACAUGCUUCUUGACUCGCUGGCGAAAGCAGAUCAGGUGGGAGUGUCACAAGCACGUUUCUCUUGUUUUUUAAGGAUUCACUUGCUACAUUUUCCAUUCUAG